UGUUAUGAGUCCUCCGGCGAGCAGCAGCACAGAAAAGAAGAAUGAUGGUUAGGGUCCUCGUGGACUAGAAAUAAAUUCAAUUAACGGUAGAUUUGUGAACUUGUUGCAUUUUCCCCCCUGACACCGACUGUUCGUCCUCGGCUUGAUGGCGGCUCUGUCUUAUUUAAUGGACCUGUUUUUGGACUACGUCGUUCCGCCUUACGGAGUGUUUUCACAAAAACUGACGAGGACUUUGUUGACAUUUUUCGAUCUGGCCUGGCGGCUGAGGAUCAGAUUCCCCUACACCUACCUCGUCGCUUCGAUGAUGUUUAACGUCAGAUUACAGGUCCAUAUUGAAAUCCACUGAGUCUGCCAUGCCAGCAGCUGGAAUGACGUCUGGAUUCAGCCCCCACAGCACUUUCAAAGCUGACACUGUAUAACAAUGUGAAAGAACAGGGCAGUAAUUCUGUAAACUGAGGAUGUGACAUGGCCGGUUCUGGGCUCUGUGAACAUGUCACACAUAGCCAGUGCCUUUUCAAGAAACAGACGUCAGAGAUGUCCUCAGACCAAACGAGGAUUCCGAUGCUUCAGAGCCACCUUUUGGUUUGCCGAUUGAGGAACCGUUUCAUCAUAAUCCUGAGGAUGAAAGGCGGCAUCUGACCCUAACCCACCGACGUAAACGAUGGUGGGAUGGAUUCGACCCUAAACUUCCUGUGCAAACAUCUCAGUGAAAAAGUGGAUGUGUGUCACAUUUCUGUAACUUGUAAAAAAUACUGGAGUUCUGCACCGCAUGACCCAAACAAGCAUGUUUUUAAUCGUUUGAAGGCCUUAUUUGAACCUGAUAACUGAACAAAAAGAGGUGUAAAACAGUUUUCCAACACUGUUGUGGACGGUACAACAAGCUUUUCACAAGUGUUCCACUGGAAAUUUGUUGAAUGUUCUUUUGUUUACUUUUGAAAUGAAAUUCAAUCUCCUCACUGUCAAUGCAUGUUCCUGUUUGCGUUGUUGUCAUCUCUUUCUCAUAUACUUAAUUAUCUGUGACUUUGCAGCACAGACAGUGCAGUGACAAUUAUAAUUUUUUUUUUUUUUAGCUGCUUUUAUUUUUAUUUAAUAUUUUACAGCAUUUGGGAAGUAAUAACCUGAUGAAAAUCA